CGCCGCGCUGCCCGGAAGAACCCGUUCGUCGGUCGCACCGGGCGAGUGGUCGUGUCGCCGUCUCGCGUCUGGAUACGCAACGACGCUCCAUAUCUUCCAUCACCCCGCAGACGCGAACACGACGCGCUAACCGGGCAGAGAACGUCGGUCCCGGCAAAGCGACUUCGUCUAGCGUCUCCGGGCAGACGUAACAACUCCCACCCGUGCAUGCUUGGAGCUGUUACGGCCUAUCCGGCGUAACUAAGUCAGCGAGUGUCCGGUCAACUGCACUCGUGUCCCACGAAUUUCGAAGACACUCGCCAUGGCUUUCCAAGGCGCAAACAUGUUCGCCCUCCUCGACGAGGAGGACGGGCCAAAGCCCGUGGCAGCUACGAAGGCGCCCGCGGCGAAGACCGCGCCCGCCGCGAAGAAGCCCGCAAAGCUCCCGGAGAAACACGCCGCGCCCGGUCGCGGUGUGUCCGCUGGGCGCGGGAUCGCCCGCACUCCUCGUGCCCCUCGCGAGUUCGAGGGCGAGGUCGUCGGCAGCGAAGGCCGUCCCCGACAAAGCGGUCGCAACGAUCGCCGAGACAAGCCCCGCAACAACGACGCUCGUCGCAACGACCGCCAGGACCGCUCCGGUCGGGGUCGUGAAGGCCUCCACCGUGGCGGCGCUGGCAAGGGCGGCUGGGGAAAACCCGGUGAGGAAGCCUCUCUUGUCCCAGAAUUUACUGCUGAGGGCGAGCAAGAGGAAAUCGUUCCCGACGAGCCGGAUAACGAGGUGACGCUCGAAGACUAUGAGAAAGCAAAGGCGGAGAGAAAAACCGCGCUGAUGGCUUCGCUAAAGCAGAAGAAUAAGGGCGGUGCAUCGAAGACCGUAGACGAGUCUGCGUUUACAGGUAUGAAGCUCACAAGCAAAGAUGACGGUGUGGACGUCUUGUCUAGUUUCGAGCUCGAAGGCAGCGAAACAAUAAAAGGUAAGCGCGUCCGUACGAAAAACGGCGUCCAGAAGACAAUUCUCGACACCGGCUUCAAGACUACGCCUUCUGCACCAGCUGAUGACCGUGGUGGCCGGGGCGGCCGUGGCCGUGGUGACCGCGACAGUGGCCAUGGUGUGAGUCGCGGACGUGGCUUCAGAGAUGGUGGCCGCGGAGUCGUCCGUGGGGCUAGACCUGGGAAUGCGCGCGGGUCUGGGUUCUCCGCGAAGAUCGACGACGACUCCGCGUUUCCUACCCUUGGUAGGAACUAGUGUUUUGCAGCUAGAGGGAGAUGUUCCGCGAUAAAAGAUUUGGGGUUCCGGCGACGACAAGCACGCAACGCACGUCGCGCCGUGGGCUAUUAUGGGAUGACGCGGUGGGGGAGAGUGAUUGGCUCGGUGCAAGAACGGUCGAGUUAUCCCCACUAUCACUAGGUGCUGACCGAUCUAAAGUGGCGGAACAACUGGUGGCGACGAAAAUAAUCGAGCUUGUCGUCAUGGGAAUAACAAAUAAAAGAAUAAGAGUUGAU